AUGGGAUCAGCACUUCCACUAAAAUAUCUGAAGUUAAGGAUUUGGAAAACAGAUUUUGCAGAGAUGACCCAUUUACAAGCUGGACUUAGUCCAGAGACUAUAGAGAAAGCCCGCCUGGAACUGAAUGAAAACCCAGACAUUUUGCAUCAGGAUAUCCAGCAAGUCAGGGACAUGAUCAUCACAAGGCCUGACAUUGGGUUUUUACGUACAGAUGAUGCCUUCAUCUUGAGAUUUCUCCGAGCCAGGAAGUUUCACCAAACGGAGGCCUUCAGGCUGCUGGCUCAGUACUUCCAGUACCGCCAACUAAAUCUGGAUAUGUUCAAAAACUUCAAGGCUGAUGAUCCAGGAAUCAAACGGGCUCUGACUGAUGGGUUCCCAGGAGUGCUAGAAAAUCGCGACCACUGUGGCAGGAAGAUUCUUCUGCUUUUUGCAGCCAACUGGGAUCAGAGUAGGAACUCCUUCAUAGAUAUCCUUCGGGCUAUCCUCCUGUCCUUGGAAGUGCUCAUCGAAGAUCAGGAGCUUCAGAUAAAUGGCUUCAUUCUAAUUAUAGAUUGGAGCAACUUCUCCUUCAAGCAAGCCUCUAAACUUACGCCAUCUAUCCUUAAACUGGCCAUUGAAGGGUUGCAGGACAGCUUUCCUGCCCGCUUUGGAGGAGUCCAUUUUGUCAACCAGCCCUGGUACAUCCAUGCCUUGUACACGCUAAUCAAACCAUUCCUCAAAGACAAGACAAGGAAAAGGAUCUUUCUUCAUGGCAACAACCUGAACAGCCUUCACCAGCUAAUACACCCCGAAUGCCUGCCCUCUGAAUUUGGGGGGACCCUUCCCCCGUACGACAUGGGGACGUGGGCUCGAACACUGCUGGGCCCCGACUACAGCGAUGAGAACGAGUACACCCACACUUCCUACAAUGCCAUGCACGUGAAGCACACGUCCUCCAACCUGGAGCGGGAGGCCUCACCCAAACCCAUGAAAAGGUCCCAGUCGGUGGUGGAAGCUGGCACGCUGAAACACGAGGACCUGGGGGAAAGCGAGAACACCCAGCCGCUGCUGGCCCUGGACUGAGCUCCCACUCGCCAGUCACAGAAACAUUCACAGACUUCCACCAUACCAGAAACCCACAGAGCACACGAUACACACUCACACACGUGCACGCGUUUUGCUUGAGAACAACAACU